CGAAUCCCGGGCAGCGUAAAUAGUUGCAACUACUCUCUUUCAGCUUAGUUUUAUCCAGGGUUGUUGCACAGUAAAUCCCAUCAGUCUGGCCGAGGGUGAUGGGAAGUGCAUUUGCAAUCUGCCUGGAAGAUACAGAUAGUAGGGUUGCCAGAUGCUUUGGUAAACCAUACGGUUUCUUUCCCUCAUUAGCCUGAAUAGGCUUCUCCAAUGUAGGAUUAGGGCUUCCAAGUCUGGGCUGCAAAAAUUCCGAGUACAUGGUAGAGUUUUCUCUAUAUCUUCGUUGCCAUCUAGGGUGCUUGAAAUAGUUGAACCCAGAUCAAUAAUCUUCACAAAACAUAAAGUGACUUUUGAAUGAAAGUGGAUCUAGUUCUAAACAGGAAUCUGACAUUGUGAAGAAGAUGGUGAACGUUUUGAAAGGAAUACUUAUAGAAUGUGACCCAGCCAUGAAGCAGUUCCUGCUGUACCUGGAUGAAUCAAAUGCCCUGGGAAAGAAGUUCAUCAUACAAGACUUAGAUGAAACACAUGUCUUUGUGUUGGCUGAAAUGGUUAACUUCUUGCAAGAGAGAGUGGGAGAAUUAAUGGACCAGAACUCUUUUCCUAUUACACAGAAAUAAAAAGCGAGGCUGGAUUUGGA